AGUAUUUUACGAAAUUAGUUCUUACUUCUCAUAUUAUGUAACAUAAUAUAAUAAUAAAUAUGAUGAAAUUAAAGAUAAAACUACAUGUUGUUUGCCUAAUAUAGGUAUAGUGAGCUUUGUGAGUUAAUGGUGUGGUUAGUAGUAGAUCAAACAAAACUAUUAGUCUAUUAUGAUUUUAAUGGAUUUUGUGGGUCAAUUGUUGUGGUUAGUGAUCAAAGAUCAGUAUUUUACUAACUACACCCAAUCCACUACCUACAAUUUAUGGGUAUGAUUAACCACAAUAUAUGCAGGUUGGUGCAUCCAAACAGCAAACCAAACUUCCACUCUAAAAUGAAUGCUAGUAAUUUAAUCGGGUAGUAUGGACUAUGGAUCGCAGGCCAGACCCAGAUUUAAAAAAAAAAAAAAAAAACACAGCCCGUCCAUAUCGGCCCAUUACCAAUUUCUACGAUAACAUGAUAGAAUGUGAUUCGGUUGAUGGAGAACUGUAUGAUCUGCUCGCCACGGGAAUAGUUUAUUCUCCCUUCGAUUCUCUCGCUGAGAAUCUUCAAUCGUCCCUUUCUCAAAAGCUCUCAUCUACUUGUCUCUCUCUCUCGCCGGCCGGAAUUUGGUUGCGAUCGACGGCCAAGGCGGUGCCAGCUCGUCGAGAAACGCUUUCAAGCUGGGAAAUGAAUCAGUUUAAAGUCGGCACUAGCAGCAUCGUUCUUCUCGGCAGUUUGCGUACGGAGAAUCUCGUAGCGGGCAAAUUCAAGUAUCUAGCAUAAGCAGGGGAAGCUUGAUGGAGAAAGCGGAAUCAUAUUCUUCGAGCUCGUUGCUUCAUUAAUUCCGCUUCUGUAAGACAUCCAUUCGAGUUCUUUUGCUUAUCAUGAUUUUUGGUUCGUGGUUGGCUACUCUUGUUAGCAUAUAACAUGUUUGAUGAAAGGCCUGCAAGUUCUUGUUAGUUGUGGUUCAGCAGUGUGGGUAGAUAGUUUAUUCUUGAACGUUGUUUGUCCCCCCCCCCCCCCCCCCCCCCCCCCCCCCCCCCCCCCCCCCUAGAAGUAAGCAAUUACGGCACUAGGAUAGGAUCGAUUUCGAACCUGUACAGAGAUUGAAUACAAGUUGGUCUCCUGUAUUUAGAUUGUUUUAGUUUUGGAUUCCGUUAAUAUAUAAAUGUUUCCGCGUAUUAGUUUCGUACUUUCGUAUAAGUGGUGAAUUAGGAUUCUUUCCCUGAAAGAACAAAUAUCCUUUGUUUAAGGUCUAACUCUAACUGGGACCUAGCAAAAAUGAAAACUUGGCAAUACCCUUUUCAAAUCCAUGUCCUGAAGCUAAUAAGAUGCAUUUAGAUUCAGAAUAUUUAGGACUUUGUUGUUGCCCAUGCAAGCUUGUCAUGACUUUCAUUGGCUUUUCUUUUCAGACAUCCAACAGCUUUGUUUAAGGUCUCGUUCUGGUAUUUGAGAUGUCAGUUGAAAGCAGCCUGAAGAUGUUAGUUUCAGGGGUGAUUCUCGAUCUGGAUGGCACCCUUCUUAAUACAGAUGCCUUGGUAGUUGGGGUUAUGAAAGUUUUCUUGGUGAAGUAUAGCAAACAAUGGGAUGGUAGAGAAGUUCAUAAAAUUGUCGGGAAAACGCCUAUUGAAGCUUCUGCUGUUAUAGUACAAGAAUAUGGACUUCCUUGCUCAACAGAAGAAUUUAUGAGUGAAAUCACUCCAAUGUUCUCAGACCAAUGGUGCAAUAUCAAGGCACUUCCAGGUGCUUGUCGAUUGAUUAAACACCUGGCUGAUCAUAAAGUACCCAUGGCUCUGGCUUCAAACUCUCCAAGGGCAAAUAUUGAUGCUAAAAUCAAUUGCCACCAAGGCUGGAAGGAAUCGUUCUCAGUGAUUAUUGGUGGCGAUGAAGUAAGAGCUGGGAAGCCAUCUCCUGAGAUAUUUUUGGAAGCAGCUAACAGGCUAAACAUAGAACCUUCACGUUGCUUAGUGAUUGAGGAUUCUGUGCCUGGUCUAACUGGUGGCAAGGCUGCUGGAAUGCAAGUAGUUGCUGUACCCUCGAUCCCCAAGCAAUCUGAUCUCUUCACAGCUGCAGACGAUUUGAUAAAUUCUCUAUUAGAUUUGCAUCUAGAAAAAUGGGGCCUUCCUCCUUUCGAAGAUUGGAUUGAGGGCACUUUGCCAAUAGAACCAUGGCACAUUGGUGGCCCUGUAAUUAAGGGAUAUGGCCGUGGCUCAAAGGUUCUUGGGAUCCCCACAGCUAAUCUAUCGACAGAAGGAUACUCAGAUUUACUCUCACAACAUCCCUCUGGGGUGUAUUUUGGGUGGGCUGGAUUGUCAACCAGAGGUGUCUACAAAAUGGCUAUGAGCAUUGGUUGGAACCCAUAUUUCAAUAACACUGAGAAGACAAUUGAGCCAUGGCUGCUUCAUGAAUUCAAAGACGAUUUCUAUGGUGAAGACUUGCGCCUGGUUAUAGUUGGUUAUAUUCGACCAGAGGCUAAUUUCUCGACUCUUGAGAGUUUGAUUGCCAAGAUUCACGAGGACGGGAGGGUUGCAGAGAAAGCGCUCGAUCUUCCACUGUACUCAAAGUACAAGGAUGACCUAUUCUUGAGAAGCUCUUCAUUGUAGUUAUUCAUGAAGAUGAUUACUUGUAAAAUAAACUUGUAAAGAACUUAUUUAUUAGUUUCUACUGAUGCAAUUCAUGAUGAUCUGCAGAAUUGCAAUAUACCAGUAAAUUGUGAACCUGGCUCCAAAGCUAAUGCAGGCUAAGUAAUGAUAGUUUAUUUGGUUACUGUUAAAAGUUGACCAACUCAUACUUAUAUCACAUCACUUUUUAGCUGCAUUAGAUACCGGUAUAUACCGGAUAUCCAAGAAGUACAUGUUGACAUUGUUUGAUCAACCCAACAGCUGCGACUGCAUGAGAAGACAAUUAGCCUAAACGUAACGUGAAGUGCUGUCAUCAGAAUAGCCAAAACUCUGCUGACUUUAUACUAUAUGUGAAAAGGGUUUGUUAUAAUCCUACAACAUUUUGGCAUGGUGAGGUUUAAAUGUUUAAUCAACCUGUAAAUUCUUG